CGUUAAAUUACUCCACAUAUGCGACCGUUGAAGAGCACGCGCUCUUUUAAUAUUCAUUUGAAAAUAAAACACCUAGAAGCCGUGAGAGCAAUUUAACAACCACCUCACAUGACCAGUUUUACUAAUCAUUUCCGUUUUUGGAACCAUUUACGGUAUCACACCUAUGGGCAAAUCGCCUGUGUGUCAAUACGGACUUCAGGGUGAAACUUUUCCACGGGCGUCCUCUGGUUUUCUUGUUGUCCAGAAAAGCUGAAAAGAUUUGUGCCAAAUUGUCAUGGAAGUUAGACAACACUCGCAGACUCGUCCUCUGAAGAGUCAAAAUACCUUCAUGGAUAUAAAAAGUUCUCCUCUACAAGUUAAUAUGGAAAGUCAGUCUACUAUGACUCAAGAUUCUGCACUUCAUCAGCAAGCACUGGGGAACUCCACAAAUGGGAAAUAUGGAGAAGAUAUCUUUGAUCCAAGUAGCUCCUACAGGAAUAAUCUGAAUGAGCUUGGUUCGAUUGCACCUAUGGCCAUGAUGGUUGCAGAAACGUUGACAAAUGAACAAGCUGCUCCCCCUAGUGUACACGCACCCACCUACUACAACACCAACAGAGGCCAGAUUUAUGACAUCAAGUCUGAGGCAGCAGAUUGGCAGAUUGACAGCAGCGAUCCGGGCUAUCAGAGUUUCACCAUAUCCACUUCAGAUGCCCCACAGCCAUGCCCUGCCUUUGUCCAGUGUCUUCAAUAUUAUGCCCCUGCCAACACAAUGGUAGCUGAAGCUGGUACUGGAGACGUGUCAGCAUAUCAGAUCUGUUCUCCCACCUCCAGCCUGCCACAGGGUGUAGCGAUGGCGAGCUCAACCAGCCCUCUGCACAGCUCUCAGCAACUUGGUGAGGAGGCCUCACGCAAGAGGGAGCUCCGCCUGAUGAAGAACAGUGGCUCUAGAAGUCAAGUUGGAUGUGAUCAUGCUCAGGGUCUUUGUUAUCGCUUCCAGGGAAGCUGCACGGGAAUGUCGCCGGAAGAAGAAAGAGUAUGUCAAAUGUCUCGAGAAUCGUGUUGCCGUGCUUGAAAAUCAAAACAAGACACUCAUCGAAGAACUCAAGGCAUUAAAAGACUUGUACUGUCGCAAGACUGAAUAAAAAAAAAAUGUUGGUGGUCACACAUGAGAGACUGCUCUUUACGGAUUACUGAAUGCAUCUAAGCAAAAGCACUUUUCACUCUCUGUAUAGUCACUGCUCGCAAAUGCAGAAAAAAGGCUACAGAUGCAUUGUUUAUGUAGUUUUAUAUCUUGACGACUGUAAAGAUUGUAUGUGUGUAUGUCAGGUAGAGCUGAUUUGCUGCACUGAACCAGUGAAUGUGGUAUUUUGCCUUUGUGGCUUGUGCUUUUUGCAGGCAGGCGGCUAAAGAGUCUCGCCGCAGAAAAAGGGAGUAUGUAAACUGCCUAGAGGACCAUAUCUCCAUGCUGGAGCAGCAGAACAAGAUGCUCAUGGAAGAGCUAAAGUAUCUGAAGGAAAGCUGUGCUAAGAAGUCAAGAUAGGUCUUAACAGUUACUGCCUCAUUGCUUUGCCUCUGCUUCUUUUUUUAAUUAUUUUUAUUCAGUUGUACUGCAUGUUUAAUCUUCUGCUUCAGUUUGUUUUUAUAUCUAUGGGGCGAAAGAAAUUUACCAGCACAAAAGACAACAACAACAAAAACAGGCUAUCCUGGGUUUUAACAAAAGAAGUUAUCUUUUGUUUUAUUAAUGUUUAAAUUUGAAAUGCUUACAAUAUAUAAGGAUAGACUAUAUAUUAAAGAAGCUGUUGUAUGUGUAUAUUUGAUUUUACAAACCUUACAUAUUGAGGUAUUUGAAUUGAACGUCUACAGUGAACUAAAUACUGAAGUGAUUUUGGAUCUUUAUCUAUGUAGUGAAUUUUAAUCUUGAAUAAAUAUAUUUUUGACACUUAA